AUGGGAGCACAAGCAUCAAGACCAUCCUUAACUGAUAUAACGCCGGAUAUUAAGUUUGAUGCAUCAGAGGAAACAAUUAAACGAUUAGGAGGAACAGAGACAGAUUUUGCUAAGAGAGAAGAUGCUGAGAGGUUUAUAGAGAGUAAAAUCUCUGAAAGAUUACUUCAAUUAGAGAGAGAAACUUUAAAAAAAUUCGAAGAUAAAUUAGAUAAAUCUUUAUUGUUGACAGAUGUUGAUGUUGGAACUUUAUCGUCUAAAUCUUUAGAUGAAAAGAUGGAUGCAUUAAAUCUUAAAAUCGAUCUUUAUAAACAAUUAGAUUCUGAUAAAAGAAAAGAUUUUACUGAAAAGGAUAAAGAAAAUGUCGAAAAAAAACUUACAGAAUGUUUAAUAAAAAAUAAAGGUAAACCAUUAAAUUGUUUUGAAAUUAUGGAACAAUUUAAAAAAUUAACAUCUGAAUGA